AGGAAGGUUAUGAGUAUGAAGAACCCAAUGGUUUUCUUGGAUGUGUCCAUUGAUGGUGAUCCCAUUGAAAGAAUGGUUUUUGAGCUUUUUUGUGAUGUUGUUCCCAAGACUGCAGAAAAUUUUCGUGCACUUUGUACUGGGGAGAAGGGAAACAGUCUGAAAACUGGAAGACCCCUACACUAUAAAGGAACCUUUUUUCAUCGCAUUGUCAAAGGAGCCAUGGUUCAGGGUGGCGAUUUACUUAGACGAGAUGGUAUGCAUUCUUUGGCAAUCAUUUUCAUUCAUGCACUUUGA